GACAGGUUGGAUAACAGUGCUCAGCUGCACAUUGUACGAACAAUAACAUGACACAUCUGUGGUGACGGUUCAUUGGUUUCUGUGAGGUGGUCGCUGUUUUAUGGAGCAGCAUGGAGCCGUCAGAGUUAGAGGGAGUGGAUGCUGCCGGUCCCGGUCCAGAACAGAGUCCCAAACCCGAGCUUUCUGCAGCGAUGCGGGCUAAAAUCGAGAGGAACCGGCAGCGGGCGUUGAUGCUCCGACAAGCCCGACUGGCGAGCCGCUCUUUGUCAGCCGUGGAAGGCGCGACCGCGGCUAAAGUCUCCAAGACCAUUGACUCUGGGGCCGGGUUUUUCAUCGAGGAGGAGGAGGAUGAAGAAGAAGAGCAGAGGGCGAAGAAAGUGGUGCAUCAGCCAGCUCCAGUGAUCGAGCCAGACUACCUCCUCUGUGAUGAGUGUGAAAAACCCUUCAUGGACUCCUACCUCAGCAACAGCUUUGAUCUGCAUGUGUGUGACAACUGCAGAGACAACCAGGAGAAGCACAAGCUGAUCUCCCGAACCGAAGCCAAACAGCACUACCUGCUGAAGGACUGUGACCUGGACAAGAGAGAGCCUCCGCUCAGGUUUAUACUGAAGAAAAACCCUCACAACUCACACUGGGGGGACAUGAAGCUCUACCUCAAACUACAGGUGGAGAAGAGGUGUAUGGAGGUGUGGGGGUCAGAGGAGGCUCUGGAGGAGGCCAAAGAGACGAGAGAAGAGAACAGAGAGGUCCAGAAACAAAAGCGCUUCAACAAGAAAGUCAAAGAGCUACGCAGGGCGGUGAGGAGCAGUAUGUGGACCAAAGACACCAGCGCUCACCAACAUCAGUACGGACCAGAGGAGGUGGUGGAUCCAGAUGAGGACCUCUACAAGAAAACCUGCACCACCUGUGGACAUGAACUCUCCUACGAGAAGAUGUAGACACACAUACACACACACACACACUUUUUUACUGUUGCAGACUUCACUUGUAGAAUAUAUUUGGUGCUACUACUACUUCUUUACACCUUUCACAAGCCAUCUCUCCUCCCAGGAGUACUCUUUUUCUUGUCUUUAUUUUUUGGUAUUUAUUAGUUAUUGAAAUAAAACACAUUCACUGUGAAGAUUUCUAUCUUCGUUUUCUUUAUUUCACGCUGUUAGGAAACAUCCAGGAAUUUCUCCAUCCAGAAAGUUCUCCUCUGCAU